AAUUACGUCAAAAUAUAUGACGUCACGUAUUAACGAAAGUACAUUGAAAGUUUACUGCGACGUAUUUCGGAACGACUUUGCAGUACUGCAAGUACUGACAGUGAGUUUCGGAACGCAGCCUAUAGAGGUAAGCCAGCUACAGCAUGAUGGCGAGUACAAUACGAAACAUGGAAUCGGAAAAAUUAACUUUAAUUGAUGCGGAAAGUAAUGUUGAAUAUUCAAUAAUUGUGUCGUUAGAAGUCGCCGAGAAAGUAAGAAAUGAUCACAAAUUUGCAUACGCCUUAUUAGAAGAAGCAAAAAGGAAGAAGCAAAAAGAAAAUCCUAUGGAAGUAAAUCGAAAGAAAAGAGUUAUAUCAAAAUCAGAAAAUACAGACAUGGAUGUAAUUGCUAAUAUAAACGACCCAAGCUGUAGUGAAAACAAAUCAACUUUUGAGUUAAAAGAUCAACAUAUAUGGACCCGUUCAGAAACAAUGCUGCUUAUAAAUACAUAUAAAGAACAUGGCAAACUUCAUUAAUCCUAAAAUUUCAACAAAACGAUGCUGGAGCAUAUUAUCCAAAAAAAUGUAACAUGCAGGAUAUUAAAUAUCUCCUACGAAAUGCACAACAAAAUUUCAAAGUUUAAAAAGGACAUAUAAGUCUGUUACAGAUCACAAUAAAAAAUCAGGAAAUAGUAGAAAGCAGUGGGAAUAUUAUGAGAUCAUGCACGAGAUAUUUGAUACAAAACCAUGGAUUGAACCACAAGCAAUAGCUGGGUCUAAUGUUCCUAUUACAAAAACCAAUAUAGAAAAUAAUUCAGAAAGUCCAGAAGUGCCAAAGAAACGAAAAAUUACUAAUGUUGUAGAAGAUUAUUUUGAAAAAUCUAUACAAUUUAAAGAAGAAAAAGAAAAAAGUGCUCAGAAAAGACAUGAAGAAAAAAUGGCCUAUCUAAGAAACAUGGAAAACUUAAUGACAAAGAUGUUUGACAAAUAACAUAUGUAUUACCGUUAUAAGUUUUAAUCUAAACUUAAUUUAAUUUUACUGUUAUAUUUUAAAUAUAUUAAAUAAUCCUAUUA